UGAACAGAUAAAAAGCCCAAUUUUUGCUCAUGCUGUCAGAGGGGCUCAGCUUCACUCAUUACUAGGCUCUCUUCCUUCGAAACAUCCUCACCAAGAUAACCUCUCCACUAGCCACUAUGUCUCGCCAAUCUUAUGCCCGAAGCGUUGGAGGAGGCAACCGGGGCUUUAGCUCCAGCUCUGCAUGCUUUGGCGGAGGAAACCGAGUCAGCUUCAACACCAUUUCCACAACUCGUGGAUGUUCUACCCGUGGCAGCAGCGGAGGUGGCGGUUUUGGCAGCCGGAGCCUGUAUAAUCUAGGGGGCAGCAAACGAAUCUCUUUCGGUGGAUUCGGUGGGAGUGCUGCUUGUGGCCGAGGAGGCGGAGGCUAUGGAGUUGGUGGUGGCUUUGGUGGCGGGUUUGGAGGUGGCAGUGGCUUUGGUGGAGGGUUUGGAGGUUGCUUUGAUGGGACUGGUGGGCCUGCAUUUCCUGUGUGCCCCCCUGGAGGCAUCAAAGAGGUGACCAUCAACCAGAGUCUUCUGCAACCCCUCAACUUGGAGAUUGACCCAGAAAUCCAAAAAGUGAGGGUGGCAGAGAGGGAGCAGAUCAAAACCCUCAACAACAAGUUUGCCUCCUUCAUUGACAAGGUCCGUUUUCUAGAACAGCAGAAUAAAGUUCUAGAGACCAAAUGGAAACUUUUGCAAGAACAGGGCCAAGGGACUGGUGUUGGUCACAGGAACCUCGAUCAACUUUUUGAAGCUUAUAUCAACAACCUAAGGAGGCAGCAUGAUGGUCUUUUGAAUGAGAGAAGAGGCCUGGACUCAGAACUUAAGAACUUCCAAGACCUUGUGGAGGAUUACAAGAACAAGUACGAAGAUGAAAUUAAUAAGCGUACAACAGCGGAGAACGACUUUGUGCUUUUGAAAAAGGAUGUGGAUGUUGCUUACAUGAACAAAGUAGAAUUGCAGGCCAAACUGGAUGCUUUGCAAGAUGAAAUCAACUUCAUGAAAUGUCUGUAUGAGGCUGAACUCAGCCAGGUACAGCAGACUGUUUCUGACACCUCCGUUGUCCUUCAAAUGGACAACAACCGAAACCUGGACUUGGACAGCAUCAUUGCGGAAGUCAAAGCUCAGUAUGAAGAAAUUGCACAGAAGAGCCGAGCUGAAGCAGAGUCUUGGUACCAAAGCAAGUAUGAAGAGCUGCAAGUAAAUGCUGGGAAACAUGGCGACAGUCUACGAGACACCAAAACCGAGAUCUCUGAGCUCAACCGGUCAAUUCAGAGGCUACGUGCUGAAAUUGAAAAUGUGAAGAAGCAGUGUGAAAAGCUGCAAGCCUCCAUCACAGAAGCAGAAGAGCGUGGCGAGCUGGCACUCAAGGAUGCCCGGGACAAACUGGCCGAAAUGGAAGUAGCCCUGCAAAAGGCCAAGGAGGAAAUGACUCGUCUCUUGCGAGAAUACCAAGAACUGAUGAACGUCAAGAUAGCCCUUGAUAUUGAAAUUGCCACCUACAGGAAAAUGCUGGAAGGAGAGGAAAGCAGGAUGUCUGGGGAGUGCCAAAAUACUGUGAACAUCUCUGUAGUUGGUUCUAGCAGCUCUUCCGGCGGAUUUGGAGGCGGUUACGGAGGCGGAUUUGGAGGCGGUUACGGAGGCGGAUUUGGAGGAUGCUAUGGGGGAUCCGGGGGCUUUAACGGGGGCUUCAGCUCCGGCAGCGGAAGAGGGAUGUGCAGCAUUGGAGGCGGAGGAGUGUGCUCCUCAGGAGGAGGGUAUGGUUCUGUUGGAGGCACCAUUGUGAAAAAAACCACUACGUCAUCCACCUCCGUCAGGUCUACAACCAAGAAACUGUAAGAAAUGGAAGCAAUGACAACACAGCUCCUGGAUCCGAUGUGGUGGUGACCCCAGCCACUCAUUUCAACCGUUUAGCACCUUUCAGAGAAAGGAACUUCAUUUCUCAUCAUGACCACUAUGCCUAACUUUCCCAAACAACCUGUUGGCCUUGCGUUCUUUGUCCUUCUCGCUGUUGAUGCAUUUCAUGCCCUCAUGUACAAAUCAGGUACCAUUUGUGUCUGCACCAAUGGGCAAUACUGCAUUCAGUUAACAGAUGUUGAAUCUACUGAGGCUGUGUUUGCACGAACAAAUGCAAACAGCGUUGGGUAGUUCUACGAUGGGGUUAUUUAGGACCCUGUGCUAUACUCCUCCUGAACUUAUCACUUCCCAUUUGGCCAACAGGAAGUUCAUGCUUAUUCCAGAAAUGUCAAAUAAAGAGAUUGUUCUUCUCCCUAUGGUGAUUUGACGGUUUCUAGGAAAGAAUGAUUCCUGGAAGGUUCAUUUGAAGAAACAAAUCCUGGAGAAGGGGCACGCAGUUCUCUUCACAUUUAAAGUGUAGUUCAUAUUCUGUUUGGUCCUCAUUUUACUUCCUCUGUCAAUAAGAAAUGAAUAGGGAAGAAUGAGUAUUUAACUAAAAUAAAUGACCCUGUGAACACAGCCUUUUCCCUGCAAAUAAAUAUCUUACCAGGGACUUCUCUGUGACUACCUGCCUGCAGUUUUCCUGACCAACAAUGGAUUUUCAAAGGAAUAUGUAAAAUACCUGCAGCUAAAACCAGUAGAGAUAGAACUCAGCCAGUGUUAAAUCCCAUUGAGAGUUCAAGAGCGUACUUAAAUCUCUCUCGACUUGAAACCACUGCGACUGACAAGUGCUUAAAUAUGGCUGGAUUGUGUUCUGAGAGUGCUCUUUUUUGCAAUGGCUUUUUCCUUGCUAAUGUUACUUUUGGUGGAGAUUUCUUUUCUCUGGUGUAUGACAAACUGCAACUCAUUAAACUCUAUGUGAAGAUGA